AUAUCUGUCAAUUACCAAAACAAAUCGAUUUUUGUAAAACUCGGGGGCAUUUUUUUGAUAUUAUUUAAGACCCCGAAAUAAGGAAACUUUUAAAUUGUUACAUACGCUAAGUCUAUAGGUGUAAAGUUCACUGAUGGCUUCUCUUCUAGUCAAAAGCAGAUAUCUGAGGCAAUGCUGUCCGAGCCUCAAGGCUGCCGCGUCGAUUUCAACCACCCCCGUGGUGCAGGGCGACGCCCCAUUGAUGAGCAGCGAUCUCGCUUUACUUAAACCCGAAGAAAUUGAACAUAGGAAAAAGUUGCAGGGUUACAUAACUGUCCAAGGGCCAACUGAAUACCAGCUAGUAAGUGGUAUACCAGAAGAACAAAUAAAGAACCGAAAAGUUAGAAUUUAUGAGCCCGCAAAAAAUUGCAUGCAGAGUGGUACCAACAAUAUCGGGCACUGGGAGAUGGAUUUUGAUGCUAAGGAACGUUGGGAGAACCCUUUAAUGGGAUGGUGCUCCUCUGGAGAUCCUCUCUCAAACAUGAAAGUGCAAUUCAGCUCAAAAGAGGAGGCAAUUGAGUUUUGUGAGAAAAACGGCUGGGACUACUAUAUCCAAGAAAGCAAAUUGAAGAAACCGUUUAAACCUAAUUCGUAUGGCUCUAAUUUUGCUUGGAAUAAGCGCACUAGAGUAUCCACAAAGUAGUCUUGUACAAUUCCUUUAAUAAUUGUUGUUAAUAAAUAUUCAAAUAUAUAAAUACUUA